AUGUAGUAUGUAUAAGUAUGUGUGUGUGUAUAUGUGAAAUGGCGGCAUCUAUGGACAUCACAGGCAUGGCCUCUGACAGCAGGCUACAAUUAUGAUCAGGAAGCAUCUAGAAACAUGAGUCAUUUGGGUGGUGUUCAAAUCCUAAAGGAUCUUCUGUGUCUCAGUCUCAACCAGGAAAGGACAAAUGCAGCUAGAACCUCACAAAAGAAGCUCUCCCAAAUUGUUUGGUACGCAAGUUCCUUGUCGCUGGUCGGUACAAACCGCGCACUUCAUGCUGGGUUUUGGUUGCGAACAACUCCCUCGCUGUGGUCUGGGUAGUUGGAAUGUUUCAUGUACUCCUUACACUUUUAAUACCGUCAUCUCCUUCCUACUCCUGUUUCCCUGUGACUACCAAUGCGAAUGCUGAACGUGGAGCUGACACACUUCCCCCCUCUGCUCCUGUUCCCCUGGGCUAGCUCGCAUUGUGGAAAAGGCCGAGUUACACAAAAUGGCAUUCUAAACGGAAGUUUGAGAGCGUGACGAAAUUUACUACGUCUACAGCGUCACUCCAAUCAGCAUGAGCUCACAGCGCAAGGUUACCGCUAAAGAUGACAUUAAACAUGAGGAUACAGGACAAAGCUUCAGCCUAAAAGCUUGAGAGAUUAUCACAGAGGACCGUGAUCACAUUUCAGUUCCCUAAGAGGCCAGCUUACCUCUGAAGUAUGGAAGCAGGAGAUGGUCAACCUCGUCAGGUUCCUGCCCUGAAACGUGCAAAUGAAAUAGCAAUCGAUCGUCCCAUUCAAAGAAAAAGAACCCACAGUCAGAUCCUUGACGACCGAGCAAUCGAGCUUAUUGAACCAAAAGUUAUUAAACGAGAAAAGUUCAACAGUACAGAGGUCAGACAAAAGUUUGAUUUUAAAGAUCUUUUGAAAAUUAGUGACUAUGCUGACAUUUACCGUGGUGUAUUUGACAAAAUUAAGAAUCUGUUUCAAAGAGCACUUAAGCAUGCCAAGCCUAAGGAUUUUUGUUUCGUUAAGCUUUAUGACAGCCUAGUGAUAAGGAAGUAUGUGAAAGGUUCUGUGUUGGUGACAGUGUUGAGGAUCUGAUAUCUCAUAUGUUAGAGAAACUUGUGCAGAGUAAUUCUGAGAUGAAAGUUGAAUCUAAAAUGGAAAUGGUUGUGCAGAUUGUUGAAAAUCUCUCUGGAGGGGGUGGUCAGCAUAGACGACUCUCCACUCUGCGUAAGAAUGAAGUCAUACGAAAGAAAUUGAGACAUUUAUUUGUCCCACCGGUCACAGAUAAUAAUGUCUGUUUCUCCAUCAGUUUAGCAUUUCUUUUGAAUCCCAGUCUUCCCAUGGAUGAGGCUAAAAAAGUAGGGAAACAGUUACAUCAGUCUGUGGGGAAGUCAGAAAAUGAGAAAGUGGCCCUUUCUGACAUUGUAAAAUUUGAACAAGUAACCAAAAGCAAAAUUGUUGUGUUUUGGAGAACUCUUGAUGGUCACCAACAUUACUCAUCAGAAACAGAGCCGUGCCCUGAGAAAACGUAUUACCUUUACCUUCAUGAGGGGCACUAUUAUGGUAUUAAGAACAUCAAGGGAUUUUUGGGCAUGUCCUAUGUAUGCAUCUUUUGUCACAAGGGUUACAACAGACAAAAUGGACACAAGUGUGAACACACCUGCAAUGUCUGCCUUCAUCCUAAAUGCCAAAAAGGGAGGACUGUACAAUGUCAAGAUUGUCUUCGUAUUUGUAGAUCUAAAUCCUGCUACCAACAGCAUAAAGUUGUUACGAAACGUCAAAAAGGAAAUUUCAGCUGGUGUGACCUUAACAAAUACUGCCCUGAGUGCAAUCUUGAGUACACCAUCACCCAACCAAAUGCAAAAAAGAAAAAAACGCAACACAAAUGCUUAACCAAGAAGUGUGACCACUGCAGAAAACCACUUACAAAGAAUCACCAAUGUUUCAUUCAGCCAGAGCAGGUACAGGAGCCAAGUGAAAAGCUGAUAUUUUACGAUUUCGAAACAACACAAGAGAAUGGUUUCCAUGAGGCUAAUUAUGUUUGUGCCAUGGACUACGGUGGUGAAUGUUGGACAUCACAUGGAGAAUCUUGUGUGGCUGAUUUUUUUGAUCAUUUCAGGCAAGAGAAGUACAGAGGUUACACUUUCAUUGCUCAUAAUGCCAGAGGUUUUGAUGCCUACUUGCUCAUUAAGUACUUAGUCGAAGAACUUAUCACACCCAAACUCAUUGUCCAGGGUAGCAAAGUGAUGUGUUUUGAGGAUAAACACUUUUCUCAACGGUACAUUGACAGCUUGAAUUUCUUGCCAAUGAAGUUGAGCGUUCUGCCCUCAGCUUUGGGCUUUGAUCAGGGAAAAAAGGGACACUUUCCACAUUUCUUUAACACAACAAAGAACCAGAAUUACAGAGGUCCUUACCCUGAACCUCAUUAUUAUGGGGCUGAUUCUUUCAUGCCAAAAGAAAGGGAAGAAUUUUUUGAGUGGUACAAUUCUGUGAAAAAUGGUGUGUUUGACUUCAGGAAAGAGAUUGCUGAGUACUGCAAAAAUGAUGUUGUCAUUUUGAAGGAAGCUUGCUUGCGAUUCAGGAAAGAGCUUAUUGCCACUGUUGAAGUGGACCCUUUUAGAAGUGUUACAAUAGCAGGGAUGUGUAUGGCAAUUUAUCGGAGCCGUUUCCUUACUAAAGACACUCUAGCUUUAACCUACCCGAACUGCUACAUCCAACCACAAAAGGCACAUUCUAAAGAGUCCUUGGAGUGGUUGGAGUAUGUGUCUGCCACUGAGGGCAUUCAUAUUCAGCAUGCACUGAAUGCUGGCGAACAUAAAGUGGGUGACCACAUGGUAGAUGGUUUCUCAUCGUCAUCAAAAGGAUGUGUUGGUUUUGAGUUUCUUGGAUGUUAUCAUCAUGCAUGCUUGACUUGCUACAAGCCAGAAGAAAUGCACCAAACAAGAAAAAUUAAAUGUAAGGAUGUCCACAAAGAGUGCUUGCAGAAGCUCGAAAAUCUUAAACGCAACGAUAAUUUCACAUUGAGGUCCAUAUGGGAACAUGAUUGGAUUAAUCAAAAAAAGAAUGAUUCAAAAGUGAAGGAAUUUAUGAGCAAAUACAAGGCCCCAGAGCGUCUGAACCCCCGUGAAGCUCUAUAUGGGGGUCGAACUAAUGCUCUGUGUUUGUAUCACAAAACACAAGAAAAUGAGAAGAUACAUUACUAUGAUUUCACAUCUCUGUAUCCCUUUGUGAAUAAGACAAAAGUAUAUCCAACUGGCCAUCCAACCAUCAUUUUUGAUGACUUCCAGUCAGUGGAAAAGUACUUUGGGCUCAUCAGAGCGAAAGUCUUCCCACCACAUGGUCUUUUCCAUCCUGUGUUACCUUACAGGGCAGCAGGAAAACUCAUGUUCCCAUUGUGUAGGACUUGUUGUGAGACAGAGAGUAAACAGAUGGACUGUCAGCACUCAGAUGAUGAGAGAGCCUUGACUGGUGUGUGGACUAGUGUUGAGAUGGUCAAGGCUAUGGAGAAAGGUUACAAAGUUGCUAGGUUGUUUGAGGUGUGGCAUUUUGAAAAAAGGUCUGACACUCUCUUCUCUGAGUAUGUCAACACCUUUCUUAAGGGGAAACAGGAGGCUAGUGGUUAUCCUGAAUCAAUAGAAACUGAUGCUGAGAAAGAGAGGUACAUACAAGACUAUGAAGAACAUGAAAAAAUUAAGUUGAAUCAAGACAAUAUCAAAGUCAACAAAGCAAAGCGUUCCCUUUGCAAGCUGGCGCUCAACUCACUUUGGGGUAAAUUUGCACAGCGUGCAAAUCCAUCAAACUCAACACUGAUCAGUGAACCAGAACAAUUCAUAGAUUAUGUUUUCUCCCCCAAGUAUGCCGUCUCAAAUUUGAUGUUUUUGAACGAUGACGUAGCUCUUGUGCAAUGGAAGUACAAAGAUGAUAGUUCUUCAAGGAAUACCAAUGAGAACAUUUUCAUUGCAGCUUUUACUACUGCCUAUGCCAGACUUGAACUUUAUGAUGUCAUGGAUAAACUACAGGAAAGGGCAUUAUACCAUGACACAGACUCUGUUAUUUUUGUUAGUGGUCCUAAAGACUGGGUACCUGAGACAGGAGAUUUUCUUGGGCAAUUGACUAAUGAGCUCAGCCAGGGUGAUCACAUUGUUGAAUAUGUUUCAGGAGGGCCAAAACUGUAUGGGUAUCGCACAGUCCAAAAUAAGAUAUGCAUGAAAGUUAAAGGCAUUACUCUGAACCAUACAAAUCGGCAGUCUGUAAGUCUUAAAUCUCUCACUGACCUGGUUGAAAACUAUGUUGAUAAGAACCCCUCUGAGAUUCCUACCACUGCUAACCAAAUUACCAGGGUAAAGAAAGGGUUCCAUCUCAAAAACAAAGUGGUGAACAAACAGCUUAGAGUAGUUUACAAUAAACGGGUUUUAUGUGAAAAUGGCCGCACUCUGCCUUAUGGUUACUAAAGAGUACAAGUAGAGAGCCAAUGAAAUGUGGUUAUGUAGGCUAACAAGUAAAAUAAUCUAUGCGAUGUAAAUAUGUAAACAAUGCUGUGUUUUAUGACUGAUUUGCUUGCUCUUUAUUGUCAUAUUAUUGCAUUAUUUGUUGUAGUAUUAUACAAUAUGAAUAUAACAGUGUGUGUGUGCUUCAACAGUCUUUCAUUGUGAUUAAAUGUCAUUGAUAAUU